GCACGCGGCUCAGCUACCCCCUCUGUGGCUGUGUGUGCCUGGUGUGACAGAGCGGAGAAAAGCUCUCUCAUCUCCCAGCGCCUGCCUCUGCCGCUCAGCCGCUCUCCUCCCUCCCGUCUUCCCAGUCUCCUCGCGCUCUCUCGCUCGCUUCUUUGCCUUUCUCGGGGAGUUUCAGUCCCUGAAUGCAGCCAGAGUAGCUCUGGCAAUCUAGACCCGGAACCUGUGUGUACACGCUCACGCACACACGCGCGCACACACGCACACUCACUCGCACACACGCACUCAGGUUCUCCCCACAGGGACACAGAGCAAACCCGGAGCUUCAUCUACCUGAAGGGGAUGGCCCGGCCGGACACUUCCUGCUCACUUGUCAUCUCCGCAGGUCAGAGCAACGUCGUAACUAGGGAGGCUCACUGUCCGCUGUGCAACCUCACGCUGUAUGCCGCCACCUCUGCUUAAAGUGUCCAGGCUGGAGGAGAAGGCUUCUCCAGGUCAGAUUUCCGGCGCAGCUCUGCGGCCCUGGGACUUCACUGGGCUGGUUCACCCCGGUUUCUUCCUUCCGGCCAUCCUCUCGUCCCCGCCUGCGGGGUGCAUGGCUCGGGCGCCUCCGCUGCUGCUGCCGUCGCCGCUGCUGCUGCCGUCGCCACUGCUGCUACGAGCACAUCCCACCCAGAGGACUGAACGCCGCCGCUGGAGUGGGGAGAGAAAGCGGCAGCCCUAACUUCCUUCUCCAUCGCUCUCUGUACUUGCCAGCCGAGGACCCGCGGGAAGGCUCCCGCGGAAAGCGAGACGAAAGCUCUAAGCAGGGGACUGCGAGCUAGAAGCCGCAGGCGCACAGGGGCGGGGGCAGCAUGUGCCCCUGAGCCCGGCGCCCGCCGGAGAAGUAGCGCGCGUUGGGGCGAGCGAGCCGCUUUCCAAGUUGGGCGCGUCCCAGAGCUCGCCGCCCCGCGCCUCCGCCGCCCGUGUCCGGAGAGAGGCGGGGCUGAUGGGAGGUGCCGAGGUUGCUGUCGCCUACGGCCAGAGCCCGUCUUAAAAGAAGCUGGGCCAGUCUCCCCAGGGUCCCAGCUGGCGUGGCGCCCUCCGCCCGCGUGCGCUCUCUGAUGCCUGAACUGGCGGUGGACAGGGUGGGCCCCCCGCGGGAGGUGCCGGAGGGGGCGGGGGAGGAGCAGGAGGCGGUGUGAUGGCCCUGGACGGCGAGCGGGGGGAACAAGAGGAGGAGAAGAAAAAGAAGAAGAAGAAAAAGAAGAGGAAGAAGAAGGAGGAGGAGGAGGCGGCGGGGGCUAAGAAGAGCAGCUCACCCUUCGCGGCCACGAUGGGGGAGAACGACGCCGCGCUGCGGGCCGGCGGCAGGGGCCUCUCGGACCCGUGGGCGGACUCCAUGGGGGUGCGACCCCGCACCACCGAGCGCCACAUCACUGUGCACAGGCGGCUAGUGCUGGCCUUCGCCGUGUCCAUCGUGGCGCUGCUCGCGGUCACCAUGCUCGCGGUGCUGCUCAGCUUGCGCUUCGACGAGUGUGGGGCGAGCUUACCGCCCGGCGCCGACGGCGGCCCCGCCGGCUUCCCAGCGCGCGGCGGCAACGAAAGCCUUCCGGGUUCGGCCCGGCGCAACCACCAUGCUGGUGGAGACUCCUCGCAGCCCGGGGCAGGCGGGGAAGCCAACCCUGAGACCCCGUCCGCCCGGCCGCCGUCGGACGAGGAGCGGCAGCAAUGGCAGCCGUGGACUCAACUGCGCCUGUCGGGCCACCUCAAGCCGCUGCACUACAAUCUGAUGCUCACCGCCUUCAUGGAGAACUUCACUUUCUCCGGGGAGGUCAACGUGGAGAUCUCGUGCCGGAACGCCACUCGCUACGUCGUGCUGCACGCCUCCCGUGUGGCGGUCGAGAAGGUGCAGGUGGCCGAGGACCGGGUAGCCGGGGCGGUCCCAGUGGCCGGCUUUUUCCUCUACCCGCCAACCCAGGUCUUGGUGGUGGUGCUGAAUAGGACGCUGGACGCGCAGAGGAAUUACAAUCUGAAGAUCAUCUACAACGCCUUGAUCGAGAACGAGCUCCUGGGCUUCUUCCGCAGCUCCUACGUGCUCCACGGGGAGAGAAGGUUCCUUGGCGUUACUCAGUUUUCGCCUACACAUGCCAGAAAGGCAUUUCCUUGUUUUGAUGAGCCAAUCUACAAGGCUACUUUCAAAAUCAGCAUCAAGCAUCAAGCAACCUAUUUAUCUUUAUCCAAUAUGCCGGUGGAAACUUCUGUGUUUGAGGAAGAUGGAUGGGUUACGGAUCACUUUUCACAGACCCCUCUCAUGUCCACGUAUUAUUUAGCCUGGGCAAUUUGCAACUUCACAUACAGAGAAACUACCACCAAGACCGGGGUUGUAGUACGCUUAUAUGCAAGACCUGAUGCUAUCAGAAGAGGAUCCGGGGACUACGCUCUCCACAUAACAAAGAGAUUAAUAGAAUUUUAUGAAGACUACUUCCAAGUGCCCUAUUCCUUGCCAAAACUAGAUCUUUUAGCUGUGCCUAAGCAUCCGUAUGCUGCUAUGGAGAACUGGGGACUAAGUAUUUUUGUGGAACAAAGAAUACUGCUGGAUCCCAGUGUUUCAUCUAUUUCUUAUUUGCUGGAUGUCACCAUGGUCAUUGUUCAUGAGAUAUGUCACCAGUGGUUUGGUGACCUCGUGACUCCUGUGUGGUGGGAAGAUGUGUGGCUGAAGGAGGGAUUUGCUCACUACUUUGAGUUUGUUGGUACAGAUUACCUCUACCCCGGCUGGAACAUGGAAAAACAGAGGUUUCUGACAGAUGUUCUACAUGAAGUGAUGCUGCUUGACGGCUUGGCCAGUUCCCAUCCAGUAUCACAGGAAGUGCUACGGGCAACAGAUAUUGACAGGGUGUUUGACUGGAUCGCAUAUAAAAAGGGUGCUGCUUUAAUUAGAAUGCUGGCUAAUUUUAUGGGCCAUUCAGUAUUUCAGAGGGGUUUGCAAGAUUACUUAACUAUUCAUAAGUAUGGCAAUGCAGCCAGAAAUGAUCUCUGGAAUACACUAUCAGAGGCUUUAAAAAGGAAUGGAAAGUAUGUAAAUAUACAAGAAGUAAUGGAUCAGUGGACACUCCAGAUGGGUUAUCCUGUUAUCACCAUCUUGGGAAAUACAGCAGCAGAAAAUAGAAUAAUAAUUACCCAGCAACAUUUUAUUUAUGACAUCAGUGCUAAAACUAAAGCACAUGAACCUCAAAAUAACAGUUACCUGUGGCAGAUCCCAUUAACUAUUGUGGUAGGAAAUAGAAGCCAUGUGUCUCCAGAAGCAAUUAUUUGGGUGUCUAACAAAUCAGAACACCACAGAAUAACUUCUUUGGACAAAGGAAGCUGGUUACUGGGGAACAUCAAUCAAACUGGCUAUUUUAGAGUCAACUAUGAUUUAAGGAAUUGGAGAUUAUUAAUUGAUCAGUUAAUCAGGAAACAUGAGGUUCUCUCUGUCAGUAACCGAGCAGGUUUGAUCGACGAUGCCUUCAGCCUAGCCAGAGCUGGCUAUUUGCCUCAGAAUAUUCCCCUGGAGAUUAUCAGAUACCUGUCUGAGGAGAAGGAUUUUCUUCCUUGGCACGCCGCCAGCCGAGCUCUUUAUCCUCUAGAUAAAUUACUGGACCGCAUGGAGAAAUACAAUGUCUUCAAUGAAUAUAUUUUAAAGCAAGUUGCAACAACGUACAUCAAGCUUGGUUGGCCAAAAACCAAUUUUAAUGGAUCUCUUGUUCAAGCAUCCUACCAACAUGAAGAGCUACGUAGAGAAGUUAUAAUGCUAGCAUGUAGUUUUGGCAACAAGCACUGUCACCAACAGGCAUCAACGCUUAUUUCAGAUUGGAUUUCCAGCAACAGAAACAGAAUACCACUAAACGUUAGAGACAUCGUCUACUGUACAGGAGUUUCACUACUAGAUGAGGAUGUCUGGGAAUUCAUAUGGAUGAAAUUCCACUCCACCACGGCCGUUUCUGAAAAGAAAAUAUUACUGGAAGCCUUAACUUGCAGUGAUGACAGGAAUUUAUUAAAUAGGCUUCUAAAUCUAUCACUGAAUUCUGAAGUGGUACUGGAUCAAGAUGCAAUUGAUGUGAUAAUCCAUGUAGCUCGAAAUCCACAUGGCCGAGACCUUGCCUGGAAAUUUUUUAGAGAUAAAUGGAAGAUAUUAAAUACCAGGUAUGGAGAAGCAUUGUUUUUGAAUUCCAAACUUAUCAGUGGAGUUACAGAAUUUCUUAAUACUGAAGGUGAACUGAAAGAGCUAAGGAACUUCAUGAAGAGCUAUGAUGGAGUAGCUGCUGCCUCUUUCUCAAGAGCCGUGGAAACUGUCGAAGCCAAUGUACGCUGGAAAAUGCUUUAUCAAGAUGAGCUUUUCCAAUGGUUAGGAAAAGCUCUGAGACACUAAUGUGUGUCUCUUAAAAACAAUUUGACUCAGAAUUUUGUGAGAAGACCUGCUUUGUGUGGAAUGAGGAAAAUGGCCAGAUUUUCAGUGUUAACGUGUGGGAGGAAAUUUUUUUUUUUAAUUUUUGGUUUUGGGGGAUUUUUUUUGUUUCAUUCAUUCUGUUUUGUUUCUCUACUGGGUGUUCUUCUCUAAAGAAACUCUUGCAAGUGCAACUAGCCAUGACUGCUUCAGCUAUACAUUCCUCACUGUACAGGACCAAAUAUGAUAGUGGUGCAUGUUGACGUUGCAGUCAGUAUGGAAAAAACAUAUUCAGAAUAUUUUGUGCAUGGUUGUAUGGCCCUGCCUGUGUUCUAGCAUGCUUAUUUAAAAUGUCCAAUGUUGUAUGUGAAUAUAUGUUACAUCGGGAUUAACAUUAUGCAAAAGCACAAAGAUUAUCUGUGACAGUCAGUGAUGCAAUGAAAGAAAAACUAAAACAGGGAAUUAUAUUCUUAGUCCUGGGCAAUGUGAGAAGUGAAAUAGCCCUUUAAGUGACUGGUGUCACUUAUUUCAGCACUUGGAUUGUCUUUCAAUGAUUAUUGUACUGCUAACUCAUUUUCUUUGAGUUAAAGCUGUGUAUACGUUAAAAAACGCAUAUAGGUAGUGUAUGCAUAUGUAUAUGUACAUAGGGAGGCCCCAUAUGUAUAUAGUAUGUUGUACACUGCAUUUGUGCAGACUCUGUUCAGCUCAAAGAAAAUUUAUCUCUUUUUAUAAACUUACGCAAACUUUGGAAAGGCUUCAAAGAAUUUAUCUCAACACUAUCCUUCCUGACAAUUUCCUAAAUUUCUCAACUGUUAUAGAUUUUUUCAUCUACUUCCUGAAUGGUCUAUUCUAUACAUAAAAAUGAAUUUAAACAAAAUUUAUGUACAAACGCUCUGCUAAUUUUCCUAAGUGGCAACCUCACAUCGUAAAUAUAGAUUCUGUCAUCAUUUUGGUCCAGCUUCCUAUUGGAUAAAACAGUUAUGUAUACUUAAUGAUUAUCAGUGCUGAGAAAGUGUUUCUUUUCCAUCUUGUUUCUCCAUCUCAUGUUGGGUGGUGCAGAGAGUUAAAAACUCUUCCUGUGUGUUGAUCUUUGUGUCUGUGUGAAUCUAAUCUUCCAUUAAGCGACCAUACCUCAAAUGGAUUCUUAUGACUUUUGAUGCCAGGUGUGCCAUUUGUCAAGAUGAAAAGUUUCUUUUCUUGAGCAAAGCUUUUCCUUUAGUAUUGACAGCUCUGUUCUACCUGGGAAUUUUGAAUAGUCUUUCCCUGGCUGUAUUAUGGAACACAAGUGUUUUAAAUGGUAUUCUCACACAGUAGGCCAGCUCUCCCAACGUUGCUUAGAUGCUCAAAAAUGAACAUAUUUUAAGUUUACCAUUAUGAAAUGCAGAUAUAACUAACUGUACAUAAGCCAAAUGUUUGUGGACCACUUUAUGUUUUCCUGAGGUUUUCCGCUCCUCUACAUCUUCUUGCAAAUCAUUGAAGGAAACGUUCUAACUCUAAUAGUCACUGAACAUUGGGGGAAAAAAGUAGGUAUUUUAGAAACUGGAGCCAUAGAUUUAUUAUAGGUUUGUAGUAAAGAGGAACAAUUUAAUAAUCCAUAGAACAAGUAUCACCUAAGGUUGAAUUUUAUCUUUUUAGCAAUUAAUACCUAUUACUCAUACCUAAAUUUUUCAGCCCUUCAAUUAAUAUAUUAAUUUUAGAUACUCUAUGUGUUGUUAACACAGAGUAAUGCUUAGUAUAAAAUCUAAAGGUCAUGCCACCUAUCUGAAGUGAUGAAAUUUAAUAUAAUUUCAAACAUGUGUGAAACCCUUAAGGGGUAAGUUCUGAAACAUAACAAUAAUAAAGAUCACACUGUCAUGCAGGUUCAAAACACGUACUGUAUCACCAUUGGAUUCAUGUAAUAGAAAAGAUAAAAAAUUAGAGGUGGAUGUCUUGUUUUAUGUCAUGAAUUACUGAAAACUCUUAAUAGUUGUGACAUUCUUUUGAAUGAAAUCACCAUUUCCAGCUAUGAGUUAGAAGGGAUUUUAUAGUUCUUUUUUCCUCUGCACUGUUAAUAAUCUUAAUCUUCUUUCAGUAUUUUAGUGGCCUUGAACAACUGGUUUAGCUAUGAUGUCAAAUCCUAAGUGUAUAAUUAUGUGCAAUGUUCAAUACCUCAUAUAAUACUUGUUCAACAGUAUAGUGGUAUCAAUAGCAUUGAGAUGGAAGUUUUGUUCUACAUAUUUUUCAAUAAUUUAUCCUUUCCAAUGUUGAAGAUUAUAUCAGGCAUUAACAUUUUUUAGUUGUUUAAAUAAGUAAUAUUUUCAAAAUAAUAAAAUGACCAAUGACAUCUCCUGGAAUAUUCUGUAAAAUGUAGUUAAGUUAUAAAAUUCUAUUUUCUACAUAGAGUUUUUAUCUUUUUUCUCUUCUUUGUCUGUUUUACAAAUCAUAUACAUGCAUGAAAUAACAAAUAGUUGAAAGUGUCCAAAAUCUAGGCUUAAAAAAUUACUGUGCCAUUAUAUGUACAACAGCAAAACUUGGUUUCAAUUAGGAAGGACUAAAUAUUUACUGAAUAUUUAGUAAAUAUUCUGAAGCACUAAAUAUCUCUAGGUAACCUGUAAAUAAAAAGUUUUCCCCAUUUUUACACAUUUUCCCUUAAAAUAUUCCUAUAAUCUUUAAAGUGUUUUUACAUAUGCAAGCACAACCUCUAAGUUUAAUAUCUACAAUGCUAGGUUUAUUCUUCAGUUUCAAUAACAUGGAUUUUACCUGGGAGUUAAACUCACUUUCGUUUACAUUAUUUCUAGGAUAAUUAUAUCAUAGGACUGAGAUUUUUUUGAUAGUGCAACUUACAAAUAUUAUACCAGUAAAAUCUUACAAGGUUCCUAAGAUUAAACCAUAUAUUUAUAAACCGCAUUUAAUUUUCAAAGAACUUUUACAUAUGCUGUUCCGUUUGAUUCCUGUCAAAAACGUAAUAAAUUAUAUUAGCCCUAACAGUCUGAUGAGAAAACUGAGACUCAGAAUAGCAACAUGAACUUUUUAAAAUUACAUGAUUGGGCUUACCUGGUGGCACAGUGGUUGAGAGUCUGCCUGCUGAUGCUAGGAGACACGGGUUCGUGCCCCGGAAAUUACAUGAUUGGUCUUACCUGGUGGCACAGUGGUUGAGAGUCCGCCUGCUGAUGCUAGGAGACACGGGUUCGUGCCCCGGUCUGGGAAGAUCCCACAUGCUGCAGAGCGGCUGGGCCCGUGAGCCAUGGCCGCUGAGCCUGUGCGUCUGGAACCUGUGCUCCGCAACAGGAACCGAGGUCACAACAGUGAGAGGCACGCGUACAGCUAAAAAAAAAAAAAAAUAACAUGAUUGUUGUUUUGGGAACAAUUACAAUAACUUGAGAUCUUCAAGAAAACCUUCCUACAACUAAAAUAGAAAGACAUGUUUGAAAUACCUCUAUCAGUUGCAUUAAUUGGAGAUUUUCCAAAUACCAGAAGCAAUAUCAAAAUACUGAUUAAAUAUAUCUACAAUAGUUACAAUUAUUUUUAAAAGUCUGUGUUUCUAGUUUGCAUAAUGUCAACAACCGGAAGAAAUGUUAAUUAGCAUUCACUUUGGUCAGCGUAAAUACCCAAAUAUUGGGACAAAAAAUACAGCCCAUUGAUAAUAGUUUUCUUUUUUUAAAUAUUUUGGUGAACAUUAUUUAAAUAUGACCUUAAAAUACUGACAAUUUGUUUUAUUUUCCACACAGAUUUCUCUGAUACACUUUGUAGUAACAGAUGGUCAGACCACAGAUAAAAUGAUGUCCAUUUAUAUCAGUGAAGGUAAUAUUCAGUAAAAUGUUUAUAAAUCUGUGCAGACUAAGUUAUGCAAAAACCAUUUUCGUGCAACUGUAGUACUAUUAUCAGAUGCAGUAAAGGGAUUCCUAAAGAAGUUUACAAUAAUAUAUUUAAUUCAAAUCUAUUGGCUAUUAAAUUUUAAGGAAUAUUUUCUAAGAAGUCAGAAACCUAAAAUAGUUUAAUUAUUCUCCUCAAUAUACCCAUGAAGUAAUCACAUAUACUUUAUGAAAGAGAAAGCUCAUAUAAUGGUAAAUUAGGAUUCCUACACCUGUUUUUUUUUCCUUUAUCAGAGACCAUAGCUGAAUUAUUAUCAUUUGGCACUGCUAAUUAUGUACUGACAGAAUUUAAUUAAACAUAUUUAUUGAGCACCUUUUAUUUCACAAAGCACUUUUUGAGAGGAAAGGAAGGGAUGAACAAGGCUUAAAGGAAUUUACAUCACAAUAAAUGAAACAAACAUAGAGAAAUAAUGAACCAAUAAGGCAACAUGAAAGAUAAUUACAUACUACAAAAAAGGAACUAAAUAAUUUUUAGGUAUAGAUAAUAUUAGGCAUUAUUUUUGUAUACUCAUUCUCAAAACAUUUGUCGCACUUCAGGAUAAUUCUCACUGUUUGUUUCACAGCACUUAAUUGUGUAACAUUUAGAAAGUAUAAUAAAACCACAUAGUUUAAACUUUUAUAGUUGGAAUAUAAAUUAGAAUAGAAUUUAUCUUUAAGAAAAGUUGAGCAUUUUAAUAAUAUCGGUAAGUUGUGGAAAAAUGUUUAACCUCCUUAUGUAAAAGUAGCUGAAGUUUUCUAAAAUGGUUUUAGCAUACUGUUUGUAUAUUCACAAUGUGUUAAUUUUAAGUUAAUCAUAUGUUUUUAAAAACAGGUUCAACAAUUCUUAUACAGUACUAGGCAAUAAUGUAUUUGUUCAAAAUAGUAUAUGUGAACUUUUGAGUAUGAAAAUGUUAUUGCAAAAUAUCCUGGAAUUCCAAAAUUUAAUUACAUAAGAGUAACUUUCAGUUCGAUUGCUUUGACUUAAUAAGGUCUUUUUUAAAUUAAAAUAUUGGGCUGGCCAAAAAGUUCGUUCGGGUUUUUCCAUAAGCUUGAAAAACCUGAACGAACUUUUUGGCUAACCCAGUAUUUUUUUUUUUUAUUUUUUAGUAUUUUGUUUAAUAUGCAUUGUUUAUGUUCAGGAAAAAAAAAGUGUACUUUAGUAGCUUUUAUUUCGAUUUUAUUCUAUGAAAUUUUACUUCAAAGUCUAGAAAAAAUUGUCUUAAAUAUUAAAAAUAAACAGUUGGUGAAAAUAUAUGUUCUAAUUUUAUGUAUACUGUAUAUGAAUUUUAUUUUUAAAAUAGAUUUUUCACAAAUAGCCCUACUGGUAGGCAGUAUAAUUUUACCCAGAUUUUGAAAACAUAACACUUUACAGGAUUUUAUGUUGAAUAUUUAGUACUUUAAGGAUAGUAAAGAUGUUUAUCUUUUGCACAUUCCCAGUUCAUGUACCAAUCCAUUAAGAAAAAAGAAAGACCCAUUCUUCAUUUUAAUCAGAAUUAAUUUUUUGUGCUGUGUUAGUUAAAUGAGUUAUAAUAUCGGGAAAGUACAAAAACUUGAGUGCCUCCUAAAUGCUGGGCAUUGUGUAGGUAUCAUCUCAUUUAAUAACCCUGUGAAAUACCAUCAGUUCCAAAUCACCAGUGAGGAGACAGAAGCUAAGAGUUGUAAUGAGCUUGUGUAACUGGUGGUAGGUUUUGGCAAGAAUUCAAAAACCUGCAAACGCAAGCCUUAUACGGUUUAAAUUAGUCCUUAAUCUGCCUCCUACAUGCCUGAAAACAUAAGGAUUAUCCAUACAGACCAGUCUCUAUAGAAUAUCUGAAUAGAUACUUAGCUUACUUUUUCAUUGUCAUUGGCUAAUUUGAGAAAAAUGUUAAUUAGUACAUUUUGGUGUACUACUCAUUUCUUAACAAGGUUACUUCAUAUGGCCUAUAAAAAUUUUCAUCAAAGUGUUUUACAUUAAUGUGUUGUGUAGUGGGUUUUAAGCUGUUACAAGUAAUUAAGAGAUAGUCCAGCCAACAAGCCAUGAAAAAUAAGGGAAAAGAGAAGAUGGAUUGCAAAGCUCUUCACCAGUGGACCAAAAGAUAAAAAAUCUCUACCCUGCAUAUGGAGGAGACCUAUUAGUUUAGCCAGAACUUUCUUUUUGCUUAGCGAUGAGGUCAGAGAAAUAUUUCUCUCUUUCUGCUUAGAACCAUAUGGAUGGACCGCAGCUCCUUAAUUUACUUGAAGUUACAUUUUCCAUUGGCCUCCUCUGUGUAGUUACAGUAACUACUUUGACCUACCUCUGCACAGGUCAACUUGGUUCUAAUCGCAUACAUUUUUAUUAUGUCAUGUAAGUAAUUGAAAGAGUGAAAUGUUUUAUAGCAAAUAUUACAGUAGAGUUAAGAACAUCUGCCUUGAAUGUGCAGUGUAUUUACUUUCUUUUUUCUUAAUACAUCUUAUUUGGAGUAUAAUUGCUUCACAAUGCUGUGUUAGUUUCUGUCGUACAACAAUGUGAAUCAACCGUAUGCAUACAUAUAUGACCAUAUCUCCUCCCUCUUGAGCUUCCUUCCCACCCUCCCUAUCCCACCCCUCUAGGUCAUUGCAAAACACCAAGCUGAUCUCCCUGUGCUAUGUGGCUGCUUCCCAUUAGCUAUCUAUUUUACAUUUGGUAGUGUAUAUGUCGAUGCUACUCUCACUUUGCCCCAGCUUCCCCCUCCCCCCAUGUCCCCAAGUCCAUUCUCUAUGUCUACGUCUUUAUUCCUGCCCUGCCACUAGGUAUAUCGUACCUUUUUUUUUUUAGAUUCCACGUAUAUGCGUUAGCAUACAGUAUUUGUUUUUCUCUUUCUGACUUACUUCACUCUGUAUGAUAGACCCUAGGUCCAUCCACCUCACUACAAAUAACUCAAUUUCGUUUCUUUUUAUGGCUGAGUAAUAUUCCAUUGUAUAGAUAUGCCACAUCUUCUUUAGCCAUUCAUCUGUUGAUGGGCAUUAGGUUGCUUCCAUAUCCUGGCUAUUGUAAAUAGUGCUGCAAUGGACAUUGUGGUACAUGACUCUUUUUGAAUUAUGGUUUUCUCAGGGUAUAUGCCCAGUAGUGGGAUUGCUGGGUCAUAUGGUACUUCUAUUUUUAAUUUUUUAAGGAACCUCCAUACUGUUCUCCAUAGCGGUUGUAUAAAUUUAUAUUCCCACCAACAGUGCAGGAGGGUUCCCUUUUCACCACACCCUUUCCAGCAUUUACUGUUUCUAGAUUUUUUGAUAAUGGCCAUUCUGACCAGUGUGAGGUGAUACUUCAUUGUAGUUUUGAUUUGCAUUUCUCUAGUAAUUAGUGAUGUUUAGCAGCUUUUUGUGUGCCUCUUGGCAUCUGUAUGUCUUCUUUGGUGAAAUGACUUUAGGUCUUCUGCCCAUUUGUUAAUUGGGUUGUUUGUUUUUUUGAUAUUGAGCUCCAUGAGCUGUUUGUAUAUUUUGGAGAUUAAUCUUUUGUCCAUUGUUUCAUUUGCAAAUAUUUUCUCCCAUUCUGAGGGAUGUCUUUUCAUCUUGUUUAUGGUUUACUUUGCUGUGCAAAAGCUUUUAGGUUUAAUUAGGUGCCAUUUGUUUAUUUUUGUUUUUAUUUUCAUUACUCUAGGAGGCAGAUCAAAAAAGAUCUUGCUGUGGUUUAUGUCAAAGAGUGUUUUUCCUAUGUUUUCCUCUAAGAGUUUUAUAGUGUUCAUUCUUACAUUUAGGUCUUUAAACCAUUUUGAGUUUACUUUUGUGUAUGGUGUUAGCUAGUGUUCUAAUUCCAUUCUUUUACAUGUAGCUGUCCAGUUUUCCCAGCACCACUUAUUGAAGAGGCUGUCUUUUCUGCAUUGUAUGUUCUUGCCUCCUUUGUCGUAAAUUAGGUGACUAUAUGUGUGUGGGUUUACCUCUGGGCUUUCUGUCCUGUACCAUUGAUCUAUAUUUCUGUUUUUGUGCCAGUACCAUACUGUCUUGAUUACUGUAGCUUUGUUUACUUUCUAAGUUAAUCAUUCAGUCACUGUCCUUUUAACCCCGACAAGGUUCACAAUAUUACUUUUGCUCUUGUUCACUAUUCUGUUCCCACUUUCACAUAACUUAUGACCUAUUGGGUGAAAACAUUCAUUAUUAAUUUUUUGCUACUAAGUUUCAUUUUUAAAAGGUUUAUUAUCUGUCACUUAAGUACAAAAAAUGUUUCAAGUGAAUGCUGUAUUUCUACCCUUUAAAAUAUUGUAUAAUAGUAACCUCACAUUAUUUUUUAAAUGCUACCUGUGCAUUGCCAUAUAUGAAUAUACUUGCCAUUUAUCUUUGCUGUAUUUUAGUCCCUUUACAUUUUGAUAGUUUUUUAAAACAGACCAAAACUAUAAAACUAAAACACAGUAGAACUAUGAAGCUUGUGCACUGUCCACUUACUUGAAGCAAGAAGAGAAAUUCUGCCUUUGGGCUUUCAUAAUUGGCUUUCCGGACACCACUGAAUUCAUCAGAUAAUCUUUUAAAAAUAUUAUGUGGACUAUUUCUAAUGAACUUGAAUUUAUUCAGCAACAAAGUUUAUUUUCCUAGAGCCAUUCUCCAAAUGAACAGACUUAUUUAAAAUAUGCCAAAUGGAAGCACUUUUUUUCAUUUCUAAUAUCUUAUGAUUUAGGAAUAAAAAAGUAACUGUUCUUUUAGUAAAUAUGAUUACUAAAGCAUUAGCCAAAUAACUUUGUGUUAGUUUAGCAGGUUAAUGUUUUCUAUGGUAUGCCUUUAAAAUUAUUCAGUAAAAAUUCAAUUAGUAUGUGUUCAACAUGAAGUUUUUAUUCCACUAUAAUCAAGCACUGACGAAAUGGAUUUUUCUAAGUGAGAAAAUUUGUCUUCUGUAUUUUAAGCAGAACAAAUUUGAAUUUUGCCUCUGAUAAUAAAAUUUUGUACAGUAA